CCGUUAUCGGUGAUUGAUAGCUUGGAAGUUAUACAGCAAGACGGAUUAAUCAGGAUUGUACAGUACCUGUCUGCAGUCGCCUGGCAUGAUGUUUCGUGGCCUGUUGUUUUCAUCUAUCAUCCUGCUUCAACUGGUGUGUAAAGGGCAUUCUACAUCAAAUAUAAACUCUCUGUUACUGGCCAUCAGAAAUGCGAUUAUAUUACCAUUGAACGAGGCCAACGCCGGGAGAAGCCUCUUCAAGUCAGAUGCAGAACUACAUCGACAGUCGCAGCUUUUGGUCCUAUCCUUAGAUCGGAACGCACAGAUAAUGCAGAGAGCUAUGAUAAUCUUCAAAAGAACAACGGGCCUCUCCUGGACUGUAAUUCUUAAACAUCCUAUAUUACUGAUGGAAUGGAGGACACGAAUCGCUCCAGUUUGUUCCAAGCGAGAGGUCAUGUGUGAUCCGCUAACGCCAUAUAGGACAGUUGAUGGCACGUGCAAUAAUCUGGGUUCCCCUUUGUUGGGCAGUAGGAUGAUAGCCCAGGGGCGGGUAAUCCAACCCUUCUACGAUGACGGUUUAAAUUUGCCGCGAAUGAGGUCAGUUACUGGAGGAUACCUACCUAACCCGCGACUGAUCAGCAACGUGUUUCAUAGCAACACAGGCCGAUCACCAGUCCUCAACAAGAGAAACACAAACAUGUUCUUUGCUUACGGACAAUUUUUGGAUCAUGACAUCUCACUGACUCCUGUUUUGCAAGACAAAGAUGGAAAAAAUCUAGAAUGCUGUCGAGCUGGUGGUUUACAUGACUCACGCUGUUUUCCAAUUCCCGUGCCUCCAAAUGAUCCUGUGUUCCACGUUUGUAAAAACUUUGCCCGCUCUGCAGCCACUCCUUCCUUCCAAUGUGAUCCAAGUCCACGGCUCCAGAUAAACCAACUGACGUCAUUCAUUGACGGCUCAACCAUAUAUUCCUCUACACCAGAGCAACUAGACAUCUUACGUGAGAAAAGAUAUGGAAGGCUUAGACUGACUGCAAGAAAUCUUCCCUUGGCUGGAUCUUCAGAUAUGUGCACUCUCUCCUGUCCGGGGCAUCACUGUUUCCUGACUGGUGAUGGCCGUCGACAUGAAGUUCCUACACUGACCACACUUCAUGUCAUCUUUGCCAGAGAGCAUAACAAACUGGCACGCGGUCUCCAGUUCGUCAACCCUCAUUGGGACGAUGAACGUUUGUUCCAGGAGGCUCGGCGUAUUCUUGGAGCAGAACUUCAGCACAUUGCAUUUUUUGAAUAUUUACCUUUUGUUCUUGGAAAUGAUGUCAUGAGAAAGUUUGGACUGACCCCAGCAGCACGGGGUCAUCGUGAAGUUUAUGACCCAACCGUUGACCCUUCCACCACAUCCGCCUUCAGUACAGCAGCAUUCCGGUUUGGACAUUCACAGAUUCCAUCCACCAUAGGGCUUAUGGCAAAAGAUCACACUAUUAUCGACGAAAUGCCACUACACACUCAGUUUGAGAGGCCAGACAUAUUCUUCAACAUGGACGGCUCAGAGAAUUUAAUACGCUGGUUGACUAACUCCAACCACGAAGAAAAUGAUAGACUCAUUUCGGAUAGUGUCAGAAACAAUCUAUUUCAAAAUAUGGGCCCAAUGCAAAUGGAUUUGGCUGCGACAAACAUACAAAGAGGACGGGACCAUGGCAUUCCACCAUAUAAUGUUUGGAGGGAGUGGUGCGGUCUGCGGCCGGUAGUCCACUUCGGGAAAGGGCCAGGGGGACUCGUUGACCACGAUGGUAUUGCCAGAAUAUUCUUAUCUAAAUUAUACAGACAUCCGAAUGACAUCGACCUAUUUCCAGCAGGCGUGUCUGAAAAAAACCUUCCUGGAGCUUCCAUAGGACCUACGUUUGCUUGUAUUAUUGCCAAACAGUUCGCAAGGUUUCAAAGGGGAGACAGAUUCUAUUACGAGAAUGCAAAUACGCCGGGAAGUUUCACUGCAGACCAGCUGAAUGAACUAAAAAAGACUACUCUAGCUGCUAUUCAAUGUAGGAAUUCCCGUAUACAAGCAACACAACCACAUCAGUUCCUGAGGCCAGAUCGCAGAAGCAAUCCAAAGAUACCGUGUCAGAUGAUACCAUCCCUCAAUUUGAGAUUUUGGCAGGAGCAUAGUCCAUUGUAUACCGUCGUGCCCCUGAGUCCUGUGAAAUUCCUCCAAGCUCAAACUGUUAUAGAAUAAAAUCUCAAUGCUAGCACUACGUACUAAGGUGCUUAUUCAAAAUAGAAUGAAAAAAAAAAAACAAUAUAAAAGUAAAUUAAUAAAACAUUUCGACGAGCAAACACAUAUGUAUAUCCAACUUAAUUUUUAUAGUAGUCCAAAUUGAAAGUGGAACUGGACUACUAUCUCACACCAAUAAUUAAUUCAAUACACGUUUUAUCUUGUCGUCAACAAAAUAUUGUAUACCAUUAAAUGUUCAACCAGCGGCACCAUAAUCAGAGCUUUACAUUGCACAGGAUACGACUAUCUUUAUGGAUAACAAGGUUUAACCUAAUGUUAUGUUGAUCAAUGAAAUACAUUUAAACCGGAAUAUUGUUUAAUAUAGUAUACUGGUGUGAUCCUAAUUCUAACUGAUUAGAUAUGUAACACGGCAUUUGAUCGGUCUCUCUAAAUAUUUUGAAAAUGUAUUACCACAAUAUACCGGCGAUGACCCUUCUAUAAUGUGAGAUUUGCUGCAGUGCAUGAUGAUUAUUCUUUCGCAGAUAUCUUUUACACACACUUAAAUUUGUGUUAAAUUAAAUCAGCGGUUACAUUGAAGAGAACAAUAACAACAUAUAUUUCAGAAAAAUAAAUACAAUCAAAUGAUCAAGACAAAUCAAUAGAAAAGUUCUUCUAUGAGAAGAAACUUUCAUCUCCUUGAACAAUUAACUCAUUAUCAUGUUUCGACAUUUAUUUGAAAAUAAUAAAACCUUCAUCUCUAAAAAUGUUUUAUAAUAUAAGUGACGACCUUAUAUUUGAAGACUGGUAUUUUACCUUCCUCAGCAGUAACACUCCGCUCUCUCGUUCGUAUGAAAUGGACAUGUCGUAACUCUUAAAAUGUCUAUUGUGUUUUUGUGUCCUGACAUUAUGCUGUAUUUCAUAACUGUAUACCUUGUAAUGUUAUAACUCUUUGUUUACAAACAGUUUAACAAUAUUCUGUUCCUUUUUAAGCCACAAUAAUUAUCUAACAAAUCAUAUUAAUCAUUAUAUAUAGAUAUUCCUUACAGAAAUGACUCUCUAGGAAACAGGAAUAAUGGCUAUUGAGCGAUUGCCUUCGUAUACUGACAUACAAACCCAUUGAGGGACUUUUGUAUAUUUCUGGGCCUUACACCAUUUUCUUUGUCA